AUGACGACCGAAUGGAAAUACGAAAUUAACGAUCUAGUUUGGGCCAAGAUGAAGGGUUUCCCGCCAUGGCCAGGACGCGUGAGCGAGCCGACAGUACAACUCAGUAAGAAACCGAAAAAGAAUUGCAAAUGUAUUUUUUUCUUUGGCUCUAAUAAUUAUGCCUGGAUAGAAUUCGGAUGUUUAAAACCAUACUUUCAGUUCAAAGACACAUUAACCUAUAGUUGUAAGACCCAACCUUUCAAAGAAGCUGUUAAGGCAAUUGAAGAUCAUAUUAUAGAAAAUGGUACCGAAGAAGGAAUAACUAAUGGUUUAUCUGAGGCUGAUUCAAGAUUUGAAAAUUUAGUUCAAAACGAAACUCCAGCCCUUCAACCAGAGAGUUCUGGGACUUCAAACAUACGCAAUGCAUCAACACCACUACCUGAAAAAGCUAAGAAAAGGCGUUCCAAACCAGUUCAAUCUACCUCUAAUGGGCCUAAGAAAGAAAAACCUAAAAAACCCCGUUUAAACAAUAGAGCCGGUAGAUCUGAAGAUAAUAAUACGGAUAUACUUACAAAUCUUGGGUUAACAAAUAACCAUACAAGUCCGCUUCGGAGGAAUAAUACUCUAUUAGACAGACCUGAAGUAACCACUCCGGAACUCCCCCCAUUAGAUAUAACAAAAAUAUCCAAGGUUUUAUUGGAUAAGAACAUCGUACCAUCUUCUUUGAAAUUUGGAUUCAUUGGUUUGGGAAAUAUGGGAUCAGGAAUUGUCAAAAACCUAUUAAAUUCUGGACAUGAAGUGAUCAUUUGGAAUAGAAGUUCAGAUAAGGUAAGAAAUUUAUUUAACUGUCAAUGA